AUGACGGGCCUUGUGCCGACUUCCCACUCGUGUCCACCCAUCUGGCGAUUCGACGUCGGCCCCGACUCCUUGCAGUGGGAAGCCCCGACCACACAGCAACACAGGAGACAGAAACGAGAGCAGAUGAGCGUCUCCAACAUGUUCAACAGCUUCAUUGGCUGGCUCGAGAACGCGGGUUCCGCCGAAAAGCCAUUCAUCCCGCCUCGCGACCAAAGCCCCGACGCGGGGGCCGUCGCUGCUGAAGCCCUAGCUAUCAACCCAGCAGACGGGUCUGUCGAAGCCUCCGGGGCGACUCUACAGGAGCCCGCGCCAUCGCACCAUCUCCCUGAGGAAAUAAUCCAGUUGCGCUACAACGUGUCGGGCUUGGACUUUGUCGACGGCAAGGCCCUGUGGAAGCUGACAAAGUCGUGUCGGCAGUCUCUGCGCCGCCGAGUCGAGCAUGGAGACUUGUCCGUCGAGGCUCUGUUGCUCGCCUUGGAGCCCCUGGACUCGGCCUCGAAAAGUCGCAUCCCAACGGCCGAGAUGGCGAACAAACUACGCGCCCUGAUCCGACGCUCCAUCCUGUACGCCGUGGUGGAUGCGGAAAGGCAAACUGCCGGGUCUGUUUCUCCCGCCCUCUGGUUGGCAUUCGUGGAAAGCGUCUGUGCCAGCAACGGCGACAACCACGAUGUCCAGCUCUUCUCGAGGUUGAUGGCCGCCCUGCCGGGCUCGCUUCGAGAACACAUACCGCCCGAGCAGAUACGCAACCUGACGAGCGCCUUUGUCACCGCUCAAGCGACCCGGCACAACAUCUUUGGUCACUGGUCAGCUCGGGCUGCCAGGUUCGCCCGAGCCCUGAGGUCACUAAACGCUGAGCAGCGCCAGGUGCUUGAUGGCGAUAUGAUGGCCUUCCUCUCCCAGCAGGACUGGGCUCCCGAGAAAGCCCGACGGCUGCGGUUUUCCUGGCUAGUGGUCAAAGCCUACGACAGCCAGACGACGACGACGGACGAGUUGCUUCAGGCUGCCCGUGCCUGCAGCGCCGGAGGCUCCGGGCUGCACCCCGUACAGCUGUGGCAGGUCUUGGCCGCCAGACUGAGUGCCACGGGAGCGCUCAAUGACGAGGCGCACAAGCAGCUCCUGCAGGAAACCUACACCUCAAUGAGCCAGCGAUGGACCUCGCUCGUGGCUGCCGUCAUGACGUCGAGCAGCGCCGACCUGGCACUACGGGAAAUGUGCACCAUGUUGACCAAAAUGGCCCAGUUUGACGCCGUGGCGCAUGCCCUGAGUUGCAAGCCCGUGCACCUCUUGCGACGAGAUGUCAUGGAGGCACUUGCCUCUGCGUGUGACAACCACCGGCAAGUGCUUCAGCUGUACGACUCGAUGGACCUGAGACGUCGGUCAGUCCAAAGACGACCGCUGUGGACUUGGUCCGUAUGGGCCAGGCACGUCGAGCAAAUGAUCAAGGACCCGGCCGUAGACCCAAUACGUGUCUGGCAGGUCCUCGACGUCAACGCGAAGCGAGACGAAGCAGCCGCCCAAGUCGAGGCCAAGUCGCACCUGUUGGCGCAGAUGGGCCAAUGGUUCGUCCAAGCACGCCACCUCACUGACCGCCAAGUGUUGCGCAAUGUCGAGAAAUGCGUCUCCCUGCAGCGCGCCUUGACAAGCCGUGUCUCGUCACAGACGCUUGCCAGCAUGGCGGACAUCAUAACCCGAGAUCUCGAGAGGGGCCAGCGCGGACGUACUUCCCGCAUGCAGUGGCUGUUGAGCAUGGUAGCUGACAACGAGGGCCAGGAGCAGGCCAACAGGACUGCGUCGGUAUUGAAUAGGUGGCGGGCACGAAUCGACCCGGGACGUGGUGAGCAGCUGUAG